AUGAGUGCUGAAGCUUUUCCCGCUCUACCGGACUUGGGAGAGACCGUUCCCCCUGGGGACCUGGAAUCCAAGCUUGAGGAAACAUUGAAUAUCCUCAAGAAUAGGAUCAGUGGAGUUCGUCGGGAGAUGGAGUCUUUGGCGAGGUCUUUGUCGCACAAGCGUUUCAUACAGAAUAAAUCCAAUAAGGUUCGGCUGCUGGCUGCUUGUUGUAUCGCCGACGUAUUCAGGCUGACGGCCCCCGAAUCCCCCUACGACAACAGAAAGAAACUCAAAGAAAUUCUCGAGUUCUGUGUCGAGCAGUUCGAAUGUAUCCAGAACGACGAUGACUUUUCCAAGGAGAAAUCGUCGUACCUCAUCGCUUCUCUCGCCAAAGCAAGAACGUUGAAACUCUAUCUAGAUUUAGACUCGGGCCCCGAUUUCGUCGUGAGAGUCUUCACUCAUCUGAUGGCGGUUGUCAGAGAUGCUCAUAAGCUGACGGGAUUCACCGGCUUGGUCAAACAGUUCAUAGUCGAUAUUUUAGCUUCUUUAGUAAAUGAACCGGACAGUGUUUCCGAUAAUCUUAUCGAGUCAAUGAAGGAGCUGCUCGUCGGGAGGGAUGACUCUCCGGUACUCACCCAAAUGUGCCGGGAAAUCAUCUCGAAGGCUGCCGACGGCUUAGAAGCUCACAUGGAUCGCUUUUUCAAGGCGGAAUGUGGGCAGGGGCGAGUUCAGUCAACAUACGAGCUGUUCGUAGAAUUGUAUGAUUUGGUCCCUCAGAACUUGACUUGUUUCGUUCUACAACUGGAUACCAAGCUCCAGGACAAGCACGAUGCCGUCAGAUCGGAGGCGACAGAAUUGGUGGCUAGGCUCAUGGCGACCACCGAUUUGAUUUCGGCGUUCCCGAGUCUCCACAACUCGUUCAUUGCCCGGUAUAAUGAUCAAAAGUAUGAGAUACGGAUGAAAUGCAUCGAACUCUCGCUCCCCCUGCUCCUGAGCCCUUCGGCACUUCGCGACGAGAUCGUGGAGGCGAUAAAGAAACGUCAGUAUGACGUGAAUGAGAGCGUCAGAUUCCAAGUUGUUUUCACUAUACUUAAAAUGGCGGAAAAAGACAUAAUAGCCGCCAGUGAUUCGGGUCUACUGGACAUCAUCAAGGAGAGAUCACUAGAUACAAAUUUCAAGGUCAGAAGACUCUCCCUGCUCGGUAUAGGUCAGCUAUAUCGGAAGUUCACCUCGAGACCUCCUCCUCACACAGACAAUGGAGCGGAGAGGCCUGAGGUCUGGGAAGAAGACCCCACAGCUGCUGCGAAAGUCGGAUGGAUCAGGGACAAAGUGCUCCAUAGGUACUAUCAAACAAAUCUCCAAGAUCGUUUGAUAGUGGAACGGAUUCUCCAUACUUGCCUCGUACCUUUCUGGCUCGACAGUAAGGAGCGCACGGCGAAACUCCUUGGACUUUUCACGAGUUCCGAUCCCAACGCAGUGAAAGCUCUCAUCAUGAUCUUGAAGUUCCAGCAUACCUAUCGGCAACAGCUGAAAGGGAUGAUGCAUCUCAUAGACGAAUUCGGCGCGAGCGAUGAAAACCGCGAGAAACUCGGCGCCCUUCUCGAGUUCAUGGCUCAACAAGUCUCGAACGAUCGCUCCGCAAAAGACCAUAUUCUGGAAUUUCUGCAGCAGGUCCGGGACUCGCACACUUUGCACCGACUCCUGAUCGGGGUUUUAGAAGCGAAGACAUUCAAGGAAGUCAACGAGAACGUGAGGCUGAUAAUGAUGCGGCUUGGCGAUCCGAAAGGCGCCCUCUUCAUUACAAUCAAGCAGCUAUUGGAGAGGGUUGCACCGUUGGUCGUCGAUCCACCGGGAGUCUCCCAGAUACUCGAAGUCGUCAGGGAGAAACUCGAGUGUGUGAAAGAGGACGAGGGGCGGCGGUGUUUGGAGCUCCUCUGUGUCCUGUCAGAAGCUCACCCAGAUACGUUCAUGGAUCGCGGAAUACUCGAAGAACUUUGCGAUUUGCUUGCCAUAACUUGGGAGCCAGAAACGAAUCUCCUACUCAUAAACAUACUUCAUAACUUACGGAAGAAGGACGUCGCGGACUGCUACCCUGACGUGGCCAAAUCGUUGAAGGAUGUCCUCCUGAAUAUGCUCGAGAAUGGAACCCCGAAACAAGCCAAGCUCGCUGUUCGCUGCAUCAGCUGUAUCCUCAAGGACGCUGAAUCUUGUCUCUCGGACGCUCUAGAUCGAUUGAAGCAGCUCGUCGUCAAGUCACCGAGGCAGCGCGAGACUAUCCUCGUCUCUCUGGGGCAAAUCGCGGGAUUCCGACCGGAUAUAUUCAAUCCCUACCGCGAGCAUAUAAUCGUAGAGGUCGCGGUCAAAAUGAUCCUCAUGGAGCCGCAGUCAAGAGCGAGGUCGAGGUCUAAUAAGCUCAACAUGUCAGAUGAGGUUUCGUUGCCGGCGCGGAGUCGUAGGAGAAUCGCAGCCUUGAGGCUCAUAACCAAUGCUCUGAUCGGCCUAACAAAUCUAUAUUGCGACCGAGCCACCGAAGUCGAAGAGGAGAAGAGGAAAAAGAUGCUGGAGUUCAUGAAUUGGGACGCGGAGUGUACGUUACGGCUCCUCUUCACGGCAGUCGCUAACGAAGGCGACCUCAUGAAAUGGGGUAACUUAUCAGAACGAGAAAGGUCUCACUUCAGACUGAAAGCCGGAACCUGCAUUUUGAAAAUUUGCUGUUUCAAAAACUUCGACGAGAUUGCGACCGAGGCCCAAUUUCGCACUCUGGUGAAACUCGUUACCGAUCCGAUGAAGUUUGUCCGUGAACGUUUCUGCGAGAAACUCCACCAGCGACUCCUAGCCCAGAAAUUGCCGCUCCACUACAUGGCUCUGUUUUCCUAUGGAGCUCUGGAGCCCGACAGCGACCACCAGGAGCGAAUGAGGGGAUACCUUGAAGCGAACAUCAAGAAAAGGAGGGAGCAUCUUAAAUAUCACGACGUACAUUCUGUGUCUCGAGCGUCGAUUCUCCCCGACAACGUCAUCGGAUACGUCGUCCACAUGCUGGCCCACGAUCCAUCGUUCACGCGCGUGGACGAUUUGCAGACUUUGGGAAAAAUUCGCGAGUGUCUCUGGUUCCAGUUACAGUUCCACUGCAGCGAUAGCAACGCGAACUAUUCCUUCCCAACCUACAGGAAACUCUUGGAGAAUAUCAAACGCUGUCGUGACCGAGAAAAUCCCCACGAUCGCCAGUUGCACUCCCGUUUGUAUGCGGUGUGUGAUCUGGCUCUGGGCUUGAUCAUGUCCAGAACCACGAAGUUCGACCAUACGGUCCCUCCACACAAAGUACAGCUGCCCUUGAGACUCUUCGUAUGGCCCGGUCCGGACACGCCUUAUAAUCCCAAAUACUACUUGCCAACAGAACUGUCUUUCACCCCGCCAGUGAAUAGGAAGGUCACCCCAACGAGCAGGUUGAGGCGGACUCCAACGACGCCCGCGGGAGGGGUCGGAACUCCUCGCAGGAAACGGAAGGCUGCGCAAGCGAGACUGACCGGGAGUGAGACCGAUGACGGCGAAAGCCAUUCGGAUUUCGAAGCAGACGAAUGAUGAGCUCAACUCCAAUACUCUGCUGCUCGAACGCUCCACCUCAUGGGGAUCGCAUUCAUUUAGGGAGCGAUCAAUCGACUUCUCGCGAUACGAAUGCAGUA